AUGACGACCGCGCCAAGUAUGCCUGCAAAGGCUCGAAGCACCGACGAUGUGCAUAUUAGACCUAAAGGUAUUCUCAAGAAUCACAACUCUUUCCAAAUUGCCCCGGUGUCUGCGCCCGCUCCAGCGGCGCGGCCGAGCAUUUCCCCUCUGGCUGAGACCGGCGACACCAAGGAGUUGACACUCCAGAACACUUUGGUGAAUGCGGGCCGUCGACGGUCCUCGACCGCGCGGUCGGGCUCAGAUCUACGUCGGCAAUCGCAAGUCAUUCAGCAUGACGAAAACGAGCCUCGUCUGAAAUGGGACGAGGCGAAUCUCUAUCUCACGGAGCAGGAGCGCACUGCGAAGAUGAAGAUCGAUGAGCCCAAGACGCCCUACGCUCCGCACUAUGACCCAGCUGAGGAUGAGGAGGAAAUUGAGAUGGAAGAGGCUCAAGAAAGAUUGAUCGACGCGCAAGAUUUAGUGGUUGAUGAACUCGACAAGACCACUCGUGGAGGUCACCACAAGAAGGGCGUUUCGGAGGACGACAUUCCAGACCUCGAGCUGGGUGAGGCGGAAGAGAACCCCGGUGCCCAGGAAGGCGCGGCCCCUCGGAUCUACCGCGAGCGGAGUAUGAGUACGGAGUCACACAAGAGUGACAAGCAUGUUGUGGUUGAGCCUGACAACAAUGGGGAUGAGACUGCGGCAGAGGGCGAUCUCAUUUCUACCGAAGAGGCAAAGGAGAAACACCGCCAAUUUGAGGAGCAUCGGAAGAAACACUAUGAGAUGCGCAAUAUCAAGGAGUUACUCGCGCAUCCCGAGGAACUUGAUGAAGAUGAGAUGGAUGAGGAGGAAGAUGCGACUGUGCCCGGUGCCGCGCCUGCUGUUCCUAGCAUCCCUGGAAAAUUCCAAAACGGCGGACAAUAA